CUGGGAAGCAGAUGAAAAAGUUGAGCAACUUGCUUUGCAACAUAGAUAUGAAACUAACCUUCAGGCGUUAAAAAAAAAGAAAUCUCAGAAAGGAAAAAUAGACCUCAAGGUACAGAUCUGGGGCAAGGCUGCCAUUGUACUACUGUGAGAGGCAGUGGAGCAUAGUGAAUAGACAGCUAGCCUUGGAGAUAUGAAGACUUGGGUUCAAAUGCUGUUUCUGACUUUGACCAGCUGGGCUUUGGCAAGAGAGUCAUCUUUUACAAUGAAAAAUUAAAAAGAGGAGAAAAAGGUUAUUAAAACUAACAUAUUGAAAAAAUAUGACCUUGUCUUCAGUGGUCCAAACCUAAGAAGGAAUGUGAAGAACACACGAGCAAAGACAUGGAAGCUUGUGUUCUUUUUAAAAAGAAAAAAAUUGUAUUGAUAUAUUUUAGUUUUACAUCACCUACAUUUCCCAUUAUAUCUUUCCUCUUUCCGAAAGUCAUCCUUUAUAAUGAAGAAUAAAAAAGAGGAGAAAAAGUUCAAAACUAAAGGUCUUUAUCUGUGGCAGCAUAUUUUUGAAGGCCUACUUGAACCUGCAGAUGUCACCGCUCAGUGGAGAGAAGGAAACUUAAAAGCAGGAAGAACAUAUUUCAGCUUCAUCACUGGUCCAGCCCUACUCCCAGGAUACUUUUCAGUUGAGGUGGAUAAUGUGGUGCUUGUUUUAAAUGGAAGAGAAGACACAAAGAUCUCUUUCGCCACACAGUGGUUACUCUAUACAAAAACUUUAGUAGAAGCUCAGAAACUCCAGCAUGUUGCUGUAGUCUUACUUGGAAACGAACAUUGCAAUAACAAAUGGAUUAAUCCAUAUCUUAAAAAAAACGGAGGCUUUGUGGAACUACUUUUUGUAAUAUAUGAUAGCCCCUGGAUUAAUGAAGAAGAUACUUUCCAGUGGCCCUUGGGAGUAGCCACAUACAGGAAUUUUCCUGUGGUGGAACCUAGUUGGUCAUUGUUGCAUGAUGAGAGAUCAUUCUUGUGCAAUUUCUUAGGAACUAUUUAUAAAAAUUCAUCCAGGGAGACUCUAAUGGACAUUUUGAAACAUGAUAAAAACAAGCAGUUGUGCUGGAUUACAGCCAGAGAAGAGUGGAAGCCUCAAGAAACAAAUGAAAGUUUGAAGAAUUAUCAAGAUGCUUUACGUCAGAGUGAUCUCACAUUGUGUCCUGUAGGAGUAAACACGGAGUGUUACCGAAUUUAUGAGGCUUGUUCCUACGGCUCCGUUCCUGUAGUAGAAGAUGUAAUGACACCAGGCAAUUGUGGGAAUGCAUCCACAUCUCCUAGCACUCCACUGCAGCUACUUAAGGCUAUGGGGGCCCCCUUUAUCUUCAUUAAAGAUUGGAAAGAACUUCCUGCUAUUUUAGAAAAAGAAAAAAAUAUGAACUUACAAGAAAAGAUUGAAAGAAGAAAAACACUACUUGGGUGGUAUCAACACUUCAAAACACAGCUCAGACUGAAAUUCAUUAAAAUUUUAGAACACUCCUUUUUAAUGAGUAAUAACAAAGGUUAGUUCAUUUUAACUCAAAAUUCAGAUAUGAUUGAAAAUGUACUUUUCAAAACUUUUGGUAUAGGCAUAUGUUUUUAAGGAAAAAUGUGUGUUCUGUGGUUUAUAAUUAUUAGACUACUGAGUAUUUGGAUGCAGGGUUCAUCCUGAACUUCCUUAUGUAGCUUACUCAUCCUCUCUUCAGAUAGGAAGUGGAAUUAAAUAUUCUCUCCAAAAUUCUAACCUGUUUUACCUUUUUUACCCAUCUUAUAAAAUCCCAUGGCUUUUAUGCCUGCACUUAACCUGUCUGGUUUUUUUUAAUACAUACACACAUUAUACACGUGUGUGUUUGUAUGUGCAUGUGUGUUUGUACAUGUGUGUGUGUAGUAUAUAUAAAGAGUACAUAUUAAUUCAGGUAGUUCACUCUUCCUGUCUUAGAAAAGGAAUUAAAUUUUUUCUUGGAAAUUAACUUCUCACUCUGUUUGUUCAUGUUCACUUUCUAAAAUUCUUGGUUCUUAUCCUUGAGGCUACCCUUUCUGACCUUUUGGGUAUAUGUAUAAAUGUAUAUUGAUUUAUGUACCUCAUUCUUCCCAUCUUCAAAUGGGAAAUGAAAUUAAAACUUC